UGUAAUUCCUGAAUCCUGCCUGGUUGAUCCUAGAGGAGGAGGAGGAGGAGGAGGAAGGGGAGAGCCUCCUGUCUGUGCCACUCUUCAGCUCCUCACAUUCCUCAGGCUCCAGUUCCAGCUUUGGACCCCCACUCUGCUGCAGGGCUCAGAAAUGCCUCGUCGCUCAUGGGAAGCAGGAAGGCAGCAGUGGGAGUGAGGGUUUCACAAUCUGCUCCCCACUCAGCUGCUGUGGGGCUGCUUGGUGCUUCCCAGCAGGGAAAGAGAGAAAUGCUGAAUUAGAGAGAGAAAUGCUGAAUUUCUGACCAGAAAACACAGAAUCCUUCAAGGAGAAACACCUUCAGCAUGGCCCAGAAAAGCCAGACUGGUGGAACUGAGAAAAAUGGGUCCUCCCUCCUGUACAGCAAGAGUGAUCUCAAGGAAGGAGCCCUGCAGUGGGUGCCAGGUAUUCUACAUCUCUCUCUGGACAAACCUUUACUCCACCCUCCAGCUGUGUUCCCUGGGCCGCUCCUGGGGGGCUGGCGUGCUGGUGACACUGGUGGCCCUGGCUCUCACUGUCCUGGUGAUCCUGGUCAUUGAUGGGCACCAGAGGAAGCUAAAUGUGAACACAGAUGUGAGGCUGGCAGCUGUCAAUGAAAUCUUUAUCAAACACAGCAUAAUCCUGGGGAUUACAGAUGUCCUGGAUGGGCCACACAACAUCCUACAAGUAUCCUAGCUGGGAAUUGCUCAGGGAAUUGCUCAGGGAAUUAGUGGAAAUUGGUCAGGAGGAAUAAUAGGUCAGAUCCCUCCUGGAUAAAUUCCUCCUGCUGGAGACAUUUUUCAAUUAUAUCAAUUAUUUGUAUCAAUUUAUCACAACAUCAAUUAUUAUUGAUGCUGUGAUCCAGAGGAUGGCAUUCCUAGGAUCUGCUUUGUCUCCUAAGGGAUGGUAUGAGGAACUGGGAUGGUUUUAUUUCUCCUGUAAGUGCGGAUUGAGAUAUGCCCAAAGGUAUUUGGAAAUAAUGAGUCUAAAGGAUUAAAGUGGGAUUCAUUAGGGCAGACAAUUAUUCCUAAAAAUGUGUUAUAAUUAUGUGACACUGAUGAUUCUGCCUAUAGGCAGAGGGACAGCAAAGGUCCUAUGGCCAAAACAAAACAAAACAACAAAAA